CGGAGGUCGAGAAACGGAUAUCGAAACUUCAGACGGAGUUGAGGCACAUUAAGAGCACAGCCAAACUCAGAUAUGUUUAUCUCGAGGGUUACGGUUCUGCCAUCACUGAUCUGAGCCUCGGCUCAUCUGCCAUUCACAUCUCGGCUUUCUUCGACAGUGAUCAUGAGUGGAUCUCCCCCAAAAUGGCUUUGGAUGAUAUCGAGCGUUGUCUAGGGCGGCUCUAUAUGUCCGAUAUAUCCAGGAGAGACCCCGUUGGUGUGUCGCCCGCUUCAGUUUCCUUCGUGAGAGAUGGCGUGAAGUACAAUAUUACAGUUUGGAAUGGUGGUGCCGUCGAGGAUGCCAAUUUUAUCAAUCAAUAUAUCGUAAUCUUUUCAUACCUGCAGACCCUGAUCCUCGCGAUCAGGGUGUCCUUCGAAAACAAGAGGAUGGACAAACUCGCAGGACGACAUGAUGGUGAACAGCUUCACCAUCUCGUUGAUGACUAUCGCCCUCUUAAGGGAUCUCGGCGUCCUUCCAAACUUGCACAAAAAAGGGAUUGGCGAGCGCACCGAAGUACUUGUCGGCUGGGAACAGAUGGACAUCGGUAGAUUUGUGCGAUCCACGCGGUAUCUGGACAUGGAAGUCGGAUCGCACAGCAGAAGGGCUGCGCUAGCAUGCUAAGACUCCGCCGAGCUAUCCCUGGCAGAGUUUGUUUACAGGUUCUUUAUCCAGUACGGUGGGCUAAAUGGUCUGGAUUACAAGAGUACCGCAAUCAGUAUCUGUACUGGAGCAGGCUUUCCCGCCAAACAUGAAUUGAACAAACAGUGGUAUUGCUAUCCAGAAUGUCACACAAUGGGUAGCCGUCCAGCGACCAGUUUCGAGUUCUUAUGCGCGGUGCGUCUUCGUCGAG